GCCCUGACUGUGUGGAGACGUUAGCAGACAGCCAAUCAGGCCGCCUCCCUGCUCGGUUAGCACGGCUCUGGCAAAACAACAGCUCGCCUCGAUCCGUUUCCUGCUUCGCAGCCCAGCCACCGAUAAACCGAGCGUCUGAAAUGUCAGACUAACCGGCGCACUUCUUUCUGGUUGGUGUUACAUUUGUUUUGGCGUUUCGUCUCGGCUGAAGGCAGCGGUGGUAGUCCGAGGUGCUGACGCGCAGUUAGCUGCUUCGCUAGCUGUAGCUAACAUCGGCGAUCCAGCAGAGAAAGAUGGGGUCCAUUCUGAGUCGCAGAAUCGCUGGUGUUGAGGACAUCGAUAUCCAGGCCAACUCGGCCUAUCGAUUUCCACCGAAGUCUGGGAAUUAUUUUGCGAGCCACUUCUUCAUGGGUGGAGAGAAAUUCGACACACCGCAUCCGGAGGGAUACCUUUUCGGGGAAAACAUGGACCUGAAUUUUCUUGGAAACAGGCCAGUGCAGUUUCCCUAUGUGACACCUGCACCCCAUGAGCCUGUGAAAACCCUCCGGAGUCUGGUUAAUAUUAGAAAGGACUCUUUGCGUUUGGUCAGGUAUAAAGAUGAUUCUGACACACCAGUGGAGGAAGGUGGUAAACCAAAGGUCCAGUAUGGUGUGGAGUUCACCUUUGAUGCUGAUGCUCGGGUGGCCAUCACCCUCUACUGCCAGGCAUUUGAGGAGUUCUCCAAUGGGAUGGCUGUGUACAGCCCAAAGGACCCAUCAAUGGCCUCUGAAACUGUGCACUACAAGCGAGGUGUGAGCCAACAGUUCUCCAUGCCAUCCUUCAAAAUAGAUUUCAGCGAGUGGAAAGAGGAAGAUCUGAACUUUGACCUCGACCGAGGAGUGUUUCCGAUGGUAAUCCAGGCUGUUGUUGAUGAAGGAGACGAUUGCCUUGGACAUGCUCAUGUGCUUUUGGCCGCCUUCGAAAGACAUGUCGACGGCAGUUUCUCCGUCAAGCCUCUGAAGCAGAAGCAAAUUGUGGAUCGUGUGAGCUACCUCUUGCAGGAGAUCUAUGGGAUUGAGAACAAAAACAACCAAGAAACGAAGCCAUCUGAUGAUGAGAACAGUGACAACAGCAACGAGUGUGUUGUUUGUCUGUCGGACCUGCGAGACACACUCAUCUUACCCUGCAGACAUCUGUGUCUCUGCAACUCCUGUGCCGAUACUCUGCGUUACCAGGCCAACAACUGUCCGAUCUGCAGGCUGCCCUUCAGAGCCUUGCUGCAGAUCAGAGCUGUGAGGAAAAAGCCUGGAGCUCUUUCUCCUGUGUCCUUCAGUCCUGUUCUGGCUCAGACUAUGGACCACGAUGAACACUCAGUAAGUUUUACGCACAAGAAAUGGGGUUACAUAUAUCUUAAUUUUGAUAUGAAGGUCUGCAAUAAAUACAUGGUCUCCGUCUGUUACCUGCCUCAGAGCACAGAUUCAGUUCCUCCCGGCUUUGAACCCAUCUCGCUGUUAGAGGCUCUGAAUGGUCUGCGGUCGGCCUCUCCUGCCAUCCCAUCUGCCCCCCUCUAUGAAGAGAUCAACUUCUCAGGAGGACUCGGAGGUGAAAACAGACAGCUGAGCUCUCCGGAGCAUUUAAGCGAUGGGAGUCUGCAGAAAGGCAAAGUCAGCAAGUCACCAGACAGCACCCUGAGAUCUCCAUCCUCACCCAUCCAGGAGGAGGAUGAAGAGAAGCUGUCCGAGAUGUCAGACACUCAACCGCACACGCUUCUGUCGAGCAGCCCCGCCCCCACAGACGCCACAGCAGCUGAAGACGUGGCAGAAUCCCUGUCUCCAGAUGACGAGGACAGGAUGCAUUCUGGAGGAGACAUCCUGCAGGACUGCAGCAGCGAACACAGCAGCUUGACCAAAACGGAGAGCGACCCGCCAGGAGACCUCUCACUGCCAGCUCUAGGUCCUGAUUCCUGCUCUAUUGGUAUGGAGGAAUAACUGGGUCUUCAGAAAGCCUGAAAAGUCAGAGCACAAACUGUUCCAGCCAGCCUCUCCUGUGUCCCACAAGCAGCCUUCAUAUGGAAGACGAACACCUCAACCCCUGACUCUGAUCCAGGUUUUCCCUCCCAUUGUUGCUUCACAAAGAUCAUCCAGUUCCUUCAUUCCUUUCUCCGCCCCGGCCCAGUCUUCUGCUUGUGUGAUCAGAGCCAGCCAAAGGCCCUGAAAGGAAGGAAAGAGGGAGGACUCUGUUUAUUUCAUCAUUGUCUCUCGACAUUAUAAAAGAAAUUUGACUGCUGCAAAGAUGUUUUUGGUACCUUACUCUAUGACUGAUGUUUGAAAAAAGAUGAUACUGUUUCCCCAGCUUUGAAAAGACUUAAUUAACUUUCACGUGGUGUUCAGUUUCGUGUCUUGGCCAGAGUUGUGGUCUAGUAACGUAGAUUCCAGAGAUAUUUCACUACCAGCCAUGGUGGUGCUUUGAAGCACACUUACUUUAAAUUUACGUUGUAUCAAUUUCUUGACACUAAAUUCAGAGGAAUUUAUAAAUACAGUUUGUGUUUAGACAUCGUAUUCAUUAAUGAAACACAUGAAUGACCUGAGAACUUGUUUUUCCUGUCAGAUUGAUUUGGUCUAAGCAUUAUUUUUGAAAACAUUUGACUUAUCUGUAUCUGUGUGUACAUUUAAGAUGCUUUUGCACUCUGACAAAAUCCUUUAUAAUCCAUUCCUUAUAACAAAAGUGUAUGAUGAGAUUAGUUAUCUGCUGUCUUAAAUGUCAAAACAUCUGUUUUAUUAUUUCAAAUAAUGUGAUAUCUAUGUAUGAUAACUACUAGAAUCCUGUGUAGUUACUUCCAAAGUUGUACACUUGCAGAUUAUAUUGAGAAAAAAAAAAUCCUGAUAUUGAACUAGACUCAUUUAAUGUGCACAUUAUUUAAGACUGAUAAUCAAUAAGAGCUACAGAUUUACAUCGUAACAGCUGAACUCAAAGAUAGCUAAAGCCUGCAACAAGCAUAGAUGCUCCAGCUACAUGUAUGCUGACUUAGUAUGGCACAGCAAGUGUGCUUGUCGUAGAUGUGGCAGAUCUCUGUACAGUCUUUCGUGGCAAUGCCAGUGUCUGCUUUAUGUGAUGUAGCUGCAAAAAAGGGGUCACGUGUUUGUGUGGCUGCAACACCUUUACUUACCUUGGUCCUGUAUGUGUAGCAUCAUGCAUAGAGAUCUAUGUGCCUUGAAUUAAUAUGGCUGCCUGCUUGUUGCAAUGGACAUCAUUGUUCUUACCAGUGCUACAGUAUACAACAAUACACAGCCCAUAGACAGGAUUUUUGAUGCUGAUGUACAGAGCCUUUUUUUUCUAUCGCAAACUUCAUGAUACUGGGGAAAAAAAUAGUGUAUCUUGUUGUUGUUUUUGAGCAAUAUUCAAUUGAACUGUUCAUUUACUAUAUUAUGACCAUGUAUCGAUUAUGCAUUUAUUAUUAUUUAGAUUCAAGUGGUUUGUCGUAAUGUACGUGUUAUUGGAAGGAACACAUCCAAUGCAAUAGGCGCAAACGUUGCAUUUUUAAAGAAUUGGGCUCGCAUUUGCAUGUGAAUUUGUAGAGGUUUAGACUUCUCACUGCUUUUUAGUAAUGUGGUUAUUUUUGUCUUUAUCCCCUCCUCUUCUGUGCCAUUUCAACUUGACACUGUGCCUUCCUGUUCUGACCACUAUUGACCUGGUAUCCAGGAUAACUCCACAGUAGGUGGUUUCUGGCUCUCUGUAAAAUCAAUACCUGUCUCUCCUCGUGUGUAUAGCAGCAUGUGUAUAACAAUAAAGAUCAAAGAUUCAGUACUACAA